CCGCGCCGCACCACCGCGACAGUCAUCUGUGAGACGCGAAGCCGAGCGGUCGCCCCUCGUUCUCCUCGCGCUCGCUCGCCUCGCGGCAGUGCAGUGUGCCGUCUAGUGUGCUCGACAGCCCCACAGCGCGCUGCCCUGCGUAGCCGCGUAGCCGCGUAGCCCUUGGACCGCGCUACGCCCUAACUUGUUAUGUGUGUGUGCGAGCUCCGGCCCCGGACCUCUGGUGCCGCGUUGGGCCCGUUGGGCGGCGGCGUGCCCCUCGAGUCCCUCCACCACCCCGUCAUGGCCUCCUCCGUGUCGGUGCUCCUGCGGCCCGGCGCCGCCCCCGCCGCCCCUAAGCCCAAACUGGUUAGUGUCGAGUGAGAAGAAGGACGCCCUCGAGGAACUUGUGCCCCCCGCAUGUGGUGCUGUGUGUGCGACUUGCUGGCGCCUUGCCUUGCCCGCGGCCCCGUGUGCGUGCCUGUGUGUGUGUGCGUGCGCGUCAAGGCCGCCGACAUGAGCCCCAUCGCAGUGCAGGCGGGCGGCAAGUCUGGUGUGGACGUCUGGCGGGAGCGACGCUGGCGCAAAGGCCGAGACUGCCGAGACCACCAGGAUGACCAGGAAAACGGCGCCCAGCACGGCUCCCUGCUCAAGUGCCUCGCCAUGCAGGCGCUGGAGCUGUCCGCGCCGGCCAGCGACGUGCUGCUCAAGUCCGGCUCGGCGUCGCUGCCCGUCUGCGUGUCCACGGUGUCGACGGGCACGCUGCCGCCGCCCUCGGAGUGGUUCCAGCUAGCGGGGCACCCGGACUGCUUCGCGCCGGCGGGGCCCGGCCGGAUAUGGAAGAAGGUCGGCGACUGCACCGAGAAGCUGGCCUACGACGCGCUGUCCACGGACCCCGCGCUGCGCGGGCUCGUCCCGCGGUACCACGGCAGCGUCACGUACCGCGACCACACCUUCAUCGAGCUGCAGGACCUGCUGCACGGCUUCGUGGACCCGCACGUGAUCGACGUCAAGAUGGGCACGCGCACCUUCCUGGAGUCUGAGGUGGACAACCCCACGGCGCGCGCCGACCUCUACCAGAAGAUGGUGGCGCUGGACGCGAGCGCGCCCACGCCCGAGGAGCACGCCGCGCAGGCCGUCACCAAGGUGCGCUACAUGCAGUUCCGCGAGCAGCAGAGCUCCACGCACUUCCUGGGCUUCCGCGUGGACGGCAUGAAGGAGCGGGGGCUGCCGCCGCGCGCCUCGGACCUGCGCAAGGUGGCCAACCGGCAGGAGGUGGUGGCCAGGAUGGCCAACUUCCUGGGCGGCAGGAAGGACGUGCAGCGCCGCCUGCACUCGCGCCUCUGCGACAUGCGCGCCCGGAUAGAGCAGUCCGCCUUCUUCCGCACGCACGAGGUGAUCGGAUGCAGCAUCUUCAUGCUGUACGACGACAGGCAGGUGGGAGCCUGGCUCAUCGACUUCGCCAAGACCGUGCCCGUCCCCGAGCACUGCACCCUGGACCACCGCACGCCGUGGACGCCGGGCAACCGCGAGGAGGGCUUCCUCUUCGGACUCGACAAUCUCAUUCAAGUGUUGGACGACGCUUAGAGGCCGAGCCGUGCCGAGUCGUGCCGAGCCGAGCAAAGACUGCCGCUAGUUACCCAAACAAAGACACAACCACUGUUGUCAACUUGUGCAAAGAUUUGAUUGCCAAAUAUGACUGCCAAUUCUCUGUUCCUCUCAUUUUUCUUCCUUUCUUGUUCUUUUGUUUUAUUUUCAAAUGUUUCUCUGAGCUGACAACAUUGGA